UUAAUGUAGAGAGUAUAGAGCAAACAUCCCAGUUUGUGGGACAAGAGUUUUGAAAUUUUACGACAUUGUCUUCUUAUCUAUGGUGAAAACAGGAUGCGGGAAAAAGUUCUCUUUGGAUCUGAGGUGUGAAUUAGUUGAAUUAGGAAAUUGUUCAAGUGUUGGACUAAUCACAAACUCGUUAAAAGUUGUUGAGUCAAGACGUGUCGUCCCAAAGGUAUACCCACAAAAAAUAAUUUUGUGAAACCAAAAGAAAUGGCCAAGAUCCACCUUGUGUUGCUGAUCUCGAUUGUUCUCCUUACAAGCCGCGCUAACGGGCUAAAAUGUUACUUUUGCACAUCGAGCACUAGCAUACAGGGUUGUUAAUAUCGCAAAAAAUAAGUAUUUCCGAUUGCGAUAGCGAUAUUGGUGUUUUUUUUUAUUGCCGACUAUCGAACGAUGAAGUUUCAAAAAAGUAUCGGUGCGAUAAUCGCCGAUAGUCGCCGAUACUUUUUACAACGUUGCAAAAUUUAAAAAAAAAAUUUAUAAAAUAUUUUUCUGCAUAUUUUUUUCAAAAGAAGAAAAACUAUAUUAACAAUAUUCCUUGUUUUCCAGCUCGGACGUGGUAUUUAAAAAAACUUGGAUGAGCGAAUACACCACUGUAGUGCUCAUCCAUUUUCAGCUGUAACUUAAUGCUACUUUUAAGCAGUCUGCAGUUAAAAAAAACUAUCGCUAUCGCGUCAUCGGCGAUGAAAACGCGAUUAUCGAUCGAUACUCAUUUUGAAACCUAUCGCGCGAUAAUCGCUCGAACAAAAAAUUUCAUUUCCGAUGACGAUUUCAUCGUUCAUCGCGGCGAUAUUAACAACCCUGCUAGCAUAUACAAUGAAGAUUGUCAAAAUGGUACUUCAACACUCCGUUCUGGUCAAUGCCCCUUUGGCUACAACUUUUGUGUCGCAAGGUACACAGAACAUACUGAUGGUUCCAGCAACAUCAUGCGAGAUUGUAGUGUCAGCGCUGAGUUGCCGUCGUUGGACACGGCAUCGUCAAUCGGAUAUCAAAUUACAUGCAGUUUUGAUUUGUGCAAUAGCGGUUAUAUCGGCGCAUCUACACCUACUACCACAACGAGUAUUCCCCAUACUUUUAACCCAAGUAGCUCGGCGCCAAGAUUACAACAUGCAAUUUCUUUGUGUACUUGGACUUUUGGAUUUACUCUUUACUUUUUGGGUGGCAUUGUUCUGUUGAUGGACGCCUUUUCCAAUGUCUUUUGAAAUUUGUAAUCACCCGUUAUUUCUGAAAUUUGAAUUUUGGUUUUCUUCCUUGCGCAGUCCGUGCCUUAUUAGUUCCCAGUGUAAAGAUCAAUAAAGGUUGCAACUAUUAUGUCGUAAUAUAAGAAAGAUAAGACUUUUUCUCUUGAUGUCUAUUUCCUUGCCAGUAGGAUUUUUUGUUGCCCAAUAAAAUUGUGUACGUCAUUUCAGGCGUUACGAAAGAAAUUGCACAUCAAAGGAGUUUUCAUAUUGUUCACGAAACUGUCACCCACGAAUACAAACGAGGGGAUCUGAAA